AAAAAAGCGGAAUAUGUCCGGUUCUGUUGUUACCUAAUUAGUAUGGCUGAACGAAUGUAAAUGAGGUGAAAUUUUUAAUCCAAAAUGUUCUCGGUUUACGGUACUGCGAAACAAUCUGAUUCUGAGUAACACUUAGUGUCAAGAGGAAGAUGUUUUGCCGAAAAAGACGGGUCUCCAAAGAGAAUCUGGCAAUAAUCGGUUGCCUGUUUCUCGUGUUAUUUGGACUCGUACAAUACCAAGAGUUUUCCUCUUUGAAUAGCUUGAGGGGAUCACAGGCUGACGUGGUUUGGCAGGAGUUGUCUUUAUAUCCGACAAACCUAUCAGAACUUUUUGUGGAUCUAACACCUGACAAUAGAAAUAACAUCUCAUCGUACCACACACAGUCACCAAAACUUCUAAUGCAAACAGCUGUCCUUUCGGAACCCUAUGUAAAUCAAAGACUUAAACAAUACAACAAAGCCUGCCGAGGUAAAGAGUUCAUUAUUGGUCGUGAACCAGAUCGCACCAUACAAAACCACUUUCAAAUGAGCAAGUCACACAAACUGAUAUACUGCAGCAUAGAGAAAGCUGGGACCACUUUCUGGAGAAGGGUACUUCAAGUUCUGGAUUCCACUAACCUAGACAAUCCAUACCAAAUCAAGCCACUUAAUGUCAACAAAAAGUCACAGUCACUAUUCAGGGAAGAUUUAUUUCGUAUGUUAGCAAAACUACGAACUCAUAUCGUAUUUAUGUUCGUUAGAAAUCCAUUCAAAAGGCUUCUGUCUGGUUAUUUGGAUAAGAUAUAUACAGCUAAUCCAUUUUACUGGGGUGUGAUUGGAAAAGAGAUUCGGGUUCCUAUAAAACAAAGUACUAGAGCGAUGCGGUUAGACCAAGUCGCACAAUUAUCUAAAACAGUGAAACCCCCUACAAAAUGUUACCAUAAUAUCAGUUUUGACGAAUUCAUUCAAUAUGUCAUAGAAGCAGAGAGUACAACUUAUCGAAGGAGGGAUCCACAUUUUAUGGCAAUGUACGAUUUAUGUAAGCCGUGCCAAUUACAGUAUGAUUUUAUUGGCAAAAUGGAAACUUUCAAAGAGGACUUUACAUUCAUUAUGAGGACAUUAAAUAUUUCUAAGUUUGAUAUCAAUGAUUUAGAAGAAGAGGCCGGAUAUGACACUUUCAUCGAUGUCGCCACAUCGUUAGAGGAAAGACGAGAAGAAAUUGUCAAGUGUUUAUCAAUGCAUGAAGCUUACCUCAGAUCUUGGCGACACAUGCAAAUCAAAGGACUGAUUGGUAUCGAUCAAAAUUACCCAUUUAGUGAGAAACAGUCUCUGUAUCUGAAGCCUAUACAGCUGAUCAGAGCUAUGAAGGAAGCUAAAGGAAGAUCUACCUCAAAAGAGAACAUGAAGGUACAAAAGGAAGGCUUUUUCAUGGAUAUAUACAGGACGGUAGCUAUAGAUAAACUAGUGAAACUUGUCCAAAUCCUGAAAAGCGAUUUCGAUAUUUUUGAAUACGAUGCGUAUCCUCAAUCAAUUUUUGCACCUAAUAUUAGAAAAAGACUCAAAUAUUCUGAUGUAUUUAAUGUACUUAGAUGAAUAACUAAGGGAAUGUGACCAUUAAAGGGUUUCAUACA